UCCACAUCAAGCUCACCCGCUACACUCUUCCUCUUGGGGAAGGACUGAUGGAAGGAUAGCGCUCGAGGCUGCUCAAGUCGACAUGACGCGCGCAUGCCUGCCCACCGGCAGGCACGAGUCCCAGAGACUACACCCCGACGUGGGGCCAUCCCGUUACGGUGCAGUAGACUCUUGCGUGGCGUCUAUCAAGCACAUUGAGGGGCUGGACGAGACGGGGCCGCUCGACGUGGACGGCAUCGAUCGUCAUCUCGCUGUCAAGUACCCCGAGUCGCUGGUAGGCCUAAGCGAUGCUGAGCUGGCCGCCGUCGACCGCCGAGCGACUCGCAAGAUUGACAUCCUGCUCAUGCCGACACUCAUGGCGCUCUAUGUACUUAACUACCUUGAUCGGCAGAAUGUCUCGACCGCCAAGAUCGGCGGUCUCACCGUCGACCUCAACAUGACUGAGAGCCAGUUCGCGACCUGUGUUGCCGUUCUCUUUGCCGGUUACAUUUCGCUGCAGAUCCCCUCGAACAUGAUCGCCGGGCGCAUUCCUAAGCCCAGCUUGUACAUCUGCGCGUGGUGCGCAAUGUGGGGCACUGUGUCCGCGUGUACGGGCGCCGUACAAAGCUUUGUGGGGCUGGUCGUUUGUCGUCUCAUGUUGGGCUUUACAGAGGCGGCCUUCUUCCCCGGAGCAAUCUAUCUCCUGUCUCUAUUCUACACGCGCAAGCAGCUCGCGCUGCGUACCGCCAUCUUAUACUCGGGGUCUCAAAUCGGGAACGCCUUUGGCGGGUUGUUCGCGCUCGCAUGCCUCCAGCUCGAUGGGACGCACGGCCUCGAAGGUUGGCGCUGGCUUUUUAUCGUGGAGGGCGCCAUGACCGUUGGGUUCGCCAUCAUCUUUGCCUUGUACAUGCCUAACAAGCCGGCAACCAUGAGGUGGCUCGAUAGGCAGGAGCGCGACCGGGUGCUAUACCGCCUUGAAAUGGACAAGGGCACUCAAGACGGAACUAAGGAAAUGACCACGGGACGCGCAUUCAAACUGUCUCUCAAGGACCCGGCCGUCUACCUCCUCGGCCUCACGCUUUGGUGUUGCUGGGUCGCUGCGGCCGUCACCAACUUCUUUCCCAUCGUCGUCAACUCACUCGGAUUCAGCCGCACCGUUACACUCUGCAUCACGGCGCCGCCCUAUCUUCUGUGCAUUCUGUGUUUGGUCAUCGUUGGCUGGUCCUCGGACAAACAGCACGAUCGCACCUGGCACACAGUCUGCGCGAUGGGCGUAACGAUUCUCGCCAACGUGAUCGCGCUGGCAACGACCAAUGUAGCCGCACGCUACCUGGCAAUGAUGCUCAUGCCUGGCUCAUUUUAUAGUGCGACUAUCGUCCUACUCUCGUGGAUCAGCACAUCCGUCGUAGGACCCGACAUCAAGCGCGCAAUCGCGAUCGCUAUGAUUAACUCGUUCGCCAACAGCGCCAACAUCUGGACUAGUUACCUCUACAAGGCGCCUCGCUACAUUCUCGCUUUCAGCGUCAACCUCGCCGCCAGCGUGCUAGUCAUCCUCCUAACUUUGCUCACGAGGUGGUACCUCCGCCGCCAGAAUGCGCGGCUUGACCGCGGCGAGGACCUUGGCCCCAACGGGCCGUCGCGUGUGCAGGUUGAGGCGAGGUAUCGGUUCACGCUGUAG